GCCAGGACUUAGCCCCGCAUUCAGGUUGAGGGGAAGGGGUGCAGCCAGGCCUUGCUAACAGCUGCCUCCUGCAUGUGAGGAGCUUGCCCCAGAUGCGCUUUGCAGGAGGCAGGACUGUUGUUAUUAGGAAGAAGGUCAAGAACAAGAUACUGUAGCUAGAGAGAUUAUGACAUGGAAGUUUCUUUCUCUUCCCCAAAUUAGUGCUUUGUCAGAACAAAAUAUAGAAGGGGUUCAAAAAAAACUGGAAGAGUUUCUGAAUUUCAGACAAAUUAAGACAUCUUUGAAGGAAGCUGUUUUACUAGAUUAUUAUGUGUCGGGAUUUUGGUGGGCUAAAGAGAUGGACUUCACUCAUCUACAACUCUCAGGAUUCAUGGGCAUCUUAAACUUUCUGUUGGAGAACCUCAGCACCAAACAUAUUACGCUAGAAGACAACAUAAAAGAACUUGGGAGAGCAAUGGCUGGAAUAGGGGAGUCUCAUUCAGAAAAAGGUGGUGGCUUGGAUUUCUUCAGUGUUGAUCAAGCCAAGGCUAUAAUCAGUUACUUGAAGAUCAGUUUAUUUCAACACUAUAAACUAUAUGAAUAUCUUUUCCACAAUCCCAGGGAAGAACUUGUAAUAGGCGAUGAGCAGAACGUGGUUGAACUUGUCAAACCAAUGGAUACACUUUUCCCAGCUCCGUUAGAGGAAGGUAUAUCUUAUGAUAUGUAUUCAUCGUUUAUUGCAUUACCCCCAGAAUCAGAGGUGGAAACUGAGGAAAUCAAUCAAGAAUGUCAUCCAGAAGGACUCCAACCAGAAACAGAAUCCUUGGACAUAGAUCCUAUGGCUGGGUUCACCAUUGAAGAUGUUAAGUCAGUAUUGGGUCAGAUCACAAAUGAAAUUAUUGGCAGCCUUCAGACUGAGAUAAACGAAAAACUGCAAAUGGAGGAAGAGGCUUAUACUGUGAGAAUAGACAAAUUAAAAAAUACCUGAGUAGCUAGACAAGAAGUGGUGCUGAGCUUUAGAGAAAUCUAUGAAAACAAAAGGCGACAGUUAGCAUUAAUUUAAUUAUUUUUUUACAAAGGAAACCAUUGAGCUAAUGUUUGAGGAAAAUAUCCAUCCAAAUUUAACAACUUUACUGUCCCCUAAUAGCAUUUAUAUUUACUCUAUACUUAGUAAGAUAAAAGGAUGAGAAGGAUAUGUAGUUCAAAAAUAUAAAAGUGAAGUCUACUUCUAAAUAGUAAUUUCUGAUAAAAUGUUAAACUUCUCAGUAAUUCAACUCCUUUGUGUUCCUCCUAUUAUAAAAUAUUUUUAAAUAUGAUUCUAGCAUUCCACCCCCCCAAUCUACAGUAUUUUCAUAAAUUUUCACUGAUGGAAAUACAUAUUGUUGGCUUACAAUAGAGAACACCAUAUGAAGACAUUGCGGAUAUAUUAAGGAGAGAAUGUCAUUAACAUGUAAUUAUACACUUUUGAUCUAAGAUUAUUUUCUUAAGUUCAUAUUAAAUUUUUUGCUGAACUUGUUAAAAACUCUAGUAUCAUUUAACAAUUUUUUUAUG